AUGUCCACACCUCAAAGGCUAAUAAAUGGUGUUGUGAAGGCGGGUGAGGCCCUAGAUGACAUCAAAGAAAAAGCUAAUUUGAGAUCUCCACAUCUUAUCUACUGCACUAACUUGAGAAAACACUGUGCGACCAUCGCUCAGGUGAUUGGCCUUCAAGAUCAUGAAAUGAAGUGGCUUUGUCAGCAUUUAGGGCAUACGCAAAAAGUCCAUGCAAUUCAUUACAGAGCCACAUCUGGAAUGAUAGAAAGAAUUGAAAUAUCAAAACUCAUGCUGAUGCAAGAGACUAACAGUGUUUCCAAAUUUGCUGGAAAAAAUUUAAGGGACAUACAGUUUGAAGAUAUCCUUGGUGAUUCAGACACCACUAAUGACAGCAAUGAUCUAGUAGAUACCAAUGAUGAAAGCAAUGAUCAUGUAGAUGCGUUAGAUGCAACAUCAGAAAAUCCUAUUGUUUCAGUUUUAGACAAUGACUUUGGCCGAAGGUCCACGAAUAAAGUUACUCGUGUUCAGUGGUCAAAAGAUGAAGAACAGGAAUUGCGGGAAUAUCUUUCAGAAUACAUUGGAAAGAAAUGCCCUGGAAUGAAGGCCUGUAAAUACGCUAUUGAACAAAGUAAAAAAAAUGGAGGAAAAAUUCAGUACAGAAAGUGGGACACAAUUAAGAAAAAAGUUGUUAGAAUGAAUCCUCUAUAGUUAUACAUUCAGAAAGAAUGUUUUAGUGUGUGGACAUUUUCAAAAAGGUACUUGUUAUGUACAUGUUCAGUUUUGAUAUUUUGAAAGCUAUUGUUAGGAAUGAAUCUUAAAUGGAAGAAAGGUACAGUACUUAUAUGUACAAUUUGUUAGUUGAAGGUUUCAAAAGAAAGUUUGUGUAACAGUAGCAUUGUUACUUGACAAUUUCAAGUUGCAUUUUGCUUGAUCUUAAGAGACAAAGGUUUAUUGGUCUUUGCUAAUAUUUUAAACUAUCAAAGACAAGAAAACAUUACAUUUUAUUAAUUGCAUACCUAUGGUUAACGUGUUUAUUUUUAUGCAAAUGUUGGCACAAGAAAGUUUAUGUAAUUUUUUUUUUGUUUUGUCUUAAUUUGUUUAUUGCAUUCUGGAUUGAAUUAUUGGUAUUUUUUCGGGAAUUAACAAAUAUAUUCUUGACUAGUAAGAGUUUAUGUAGAUGCAAAGAAAAAUUAGUAUAAAUACAACCGUGGUUUUAUUAGUUCACAAUAGUGUCAAUAACAACAAAAAUUUGAUAAUGUGUAUUAUUAUACUUUCAUGUUAAAUACUGAAAUCUGAUUGGUUUAGAUGCAGUUGGUAAUCCGUUCUAUUACCCUCAGCGUUAGCAACACACUUGGCAACAGGUAACACAAUGAAUUGUUACAUGCGCGUAAAUUAUGCGCUUACAGUUCGCCGUAGAAUUCACUUCAUUUCUAUAUAAAACAGUAAAAUUUUCUUUAAAAUUAAGUCAUUCAGUAUAACCAUAUAUAAUUGUUAUACUUUCAUGUAAAAUACUGAAAUCUGAUUGGUUAAGACGCAGUUCAUAAUCUUUUCUAUUACCCUCAGCGUUAGCAACGCACUUAGCAACGGGUAACAUUAUAUAAUUAGUGCCUGUUUGGGAGGGUAACAGUUGAAAUUGACACCCCGAGAAAACCAUUGUCAACCGACGCGAAGCAUGCGCUAAAAUUAUGCGCGUACGGUUCGCUGUAGAAUUCACGUUAUUCCUAUAUAAAAGCAGUAAAAUUUUCUUAAAAAUUAAGACAUUCAGUAUAACAAAAUAAAUAGUGCCUGUUUGGGAGGAUAGCAGUUGAAAUUGACACCCAUCGAAUACCAUUGUCAACCUCCGCUUCGCGUCGGUUGACAAUGGUUGUCUCAGGGUGUCAAUUUCAACUGUUACCCUCCAAAACGGGCACUAUUUAUAUAAUAUUUUCUAAAUAUGCUUAUUUCUGUUUUUGUUUUGAUCAUUAUUCUUGGAUAGAAUUCCUGCUUUACAUGUUUAACUUUUGUUUGGAGGGUUUUUUUUUUAUAAUAGAAGAGACAUUUUGUAUUAUGUAUAUUCAAACUAUAAUGUUUUGCCUUGACCGCCUUUCACUGUUCAUUCAUUGUUACUUCAUCUUCUUUUUUUAAAGUUCUUAACUUACCUUAAAAAGUUUGAUAUGCACAUUUAACUAUCUGUGUCCAAACCUAUUCAGAGGUCUUGUGUUUGUGUAAACAAAAUACUACAGUGUUCUAAAAAAUAGAUUUGUUAUGGAGAUGCAGUGUUUAACUUACCUGCUGUCUUAGCUUAUAUCAGUAGUUCAUGCUUGUUCAUGCUUGCAUAUUUUUUUAUUCAUGUGUCAUGACCAUUUAGAGUAUUACUUAGAAAGUGCCAUGUGAGAUAAUUCUUGUGUUUGUGCAACGUGACACAUUUCACUACCUGUAUCUCUUGCUGGUUCUAAUUAUGCUCAGAUAAGAGGAACAGAUUUUGACUAUUAUUUUAAAGUUAAUUGUUGCAAUUUUAACAAGGAAUGUCUCAAGUCAGAAAAGAAUUUUGCCUCUUGAUUGACCUCUUUUAUUUCACCCAGGGCAGAUGCUUUGAUGUAAUGUUCGAACUAGUUUUGUUCAUGCAAUAAAAUGAUUGUUUUUUA